AUGCCAGCCGAUCCACGAUGGACUGUGAAAAAUCAGGAGGAAAUGCCCUUUCAGUCCACCCUACCGCCUCAGCUGCAUCCAUCGCCCCUGGAUCUGGCCUCGCCAACCACCGCCUCCAUGGUCGGCGACAUCUUCGGCAAGAGCCGGAUCGCCGCCCCCACCUCCUCCCGCAUCGGCAUCUCUGCAAACAACCCCAAUCUCUUCAACGAUCUCGUUGGAUCCACCCUCGGCCACGGCCGCUCUACGCCUCCACCGCCCGGCAACGUCCCCCUCAAGGCUGCCGCCCAUAACGCCUUCUCCAUGGGUAAUUUAUCCAAUUCUCUCCCCACCACCAUCACCACCGCCACAGCUUCCUUCAACUCCCAUAAUACCCCGAUGAGACCCUCCACCUUGGGUUCGGUGGAUAAUAUUGGGAAUUUCUCAUCUUUGAAUCAGUCCGGCAGUAAGAUCGGAACUCCCCUGGGCGGCGGGCAACCGAUGAAGUCAUCAACUGGGGGGCCGCCGAUGAAUGCUAAAAGGGAUCCCUUUGGAUCAUUGAUGGACUUCGGAUCGAAAAAUUCUGCAAACCAACCAAUAUCGCCGGCAAAAUCCUCCAAAAUGAGCAGCAGCGGUGGUGACGAUGACUCUUUCGGGGCAUUCCAGAAUGCCAAUUCGACAAAAAUGGAUGAUUUUGGAACGCCGGCUCCGAACUUUUCGGCUCCCCCGCCAUCAGAACAGCCUACUCCUGCCAAAGGUGGGGCGGAUCCAAUGGAUAUGUUCUUCUCCUCGUCCACCUCAUAUGCCCCAGCUGCCGGAGCUGCUCCAGAGGUACCUGGAAGCCAGCCAUUCUCGGAGGCGAAUGAUUGGGACUUGGGCGCCGAGUUUGGGGGGCAUGAUGAUGAUGAGACGACCACCGAGCUUGAAGGCCUUCCGCCACCUCCUGCCGGGGUCACGCUUUCAGCAGCCAAAAAUAAAGGAUUGGAUAAUUACAAGCAGGGGCAGUUCGCCGAUGCCAUCAAGUGGCUUUCUUGGGCAGCUGUGCUUACAGAAAAAUCUGGGAAAAAUGAUGCUACCACUGAGGUCUUGUCCUGCAGGGCUUCUUGUUAUAAGGAAGUUGGCGAGUAUAAGAAGGCCAUUGCAGACUGUUCAAAGGUAUU